AUGCGUUCCUUCAUCGCUGCUCUCUUCCUUGCCAGUGCUGCUGCGGUCAGCGCGCAGGAUCAGGGGGACUUCCUUAGCUGCGCUAAUGCUGCUCUUGAUGGUGUUGAUACCUCAACGCUCUCCGGCUGCACUGAUCUGAGCAGCAUCGACUGCUUCUGUGCCAACACAGAUGUUCUCACCAAGCUGUCCGACGCAGCCACGACUGCCUGCAAGGCUGCCGGAGUUGACUUCACCAAAUUGGCAUCCUCCAUCUGCCCUGACAGUACCAAGGGCGCCGUCGCCCCAGAACGCCACGCCAGCAAGCCCAUGGAGCCCGCCAGCGGCUUCGGCAUGAUGGAGCACAACAAGCGUGCCUUCCGAUCUCCCUACGAAGACACCGCCGCUCCUCGCGUCGUCUAUGUGACCGAGACAGUCACCCAAUGCAGCUGCAAGAGCACCCCGGCGCCCUACGACCCUAUGCACAUUUCCCAGAUCCCCGUUAGCGUGCCCGUGCGCAGCAGCAUGGGCGCCAUGGUGUCAGCUUCUUCUCCUGCCCCUUCGAACGGUGCUAUGAUGGCUGCGUCUUCUUCUGUUAUCUUUGGUUCCCAGAUGUCUGCUGCUACUCCUACUCCUAGCGGUGCUAGUGCCAACCGUUUCAACACUUUCCAGGGUGCUGCCCCCAAGACUAAUGCUGUCCAGGGCGGUAUUGCUGCCCUUGGUGUUGCUGCUAUUAUGGGAUUGAUGAUCGCUCUGUAA